UCAAAUGUCGCGUUGCGCACGAAUGACGAGUCUGCUCACUGGAAAAUCUUAUUGAUCGAUUUCCAUUUUAUUUCGUCGCCGCCGAAGUCCGUUCGCCGACGGAUGCGUCGGACGUAGUUAUUAGAUUGGUUUUAUUUUUCCGUGAAUUGUGAUAGAAAAACCAUCAAAAUGGGGUCGUUGUUCCGCAGUGAGGAAAUGACUUUGUGUCAGCUUUUUCUUCAGAGUGAAGCAGCUUAUGCAUGCGUGUCCGAGCUCGGAGAAUUAGGGCUGGUGCAGUUUCGCGAUCUCAACCCAGAUGUCAAUGCAUUCCAACGCAAGUUCGUCAACGAAGUGCGACGGUGCGAUGAAAUGGAACGCAAGCUCCGCUACCUCGAGAAGGAGAUCAGGAGAGACGGAAUACCGAUGCUGGAGAUACCGGGUGAAGUUCCCGAAGCGCCUCAACCGAGGGAAAUGAUUGACCUUGAGGCCACAUUUGAAAAGCUUGAAAAUGAACUGCGUGAAGUGAACCAGAAUGCGGAAGCAUUAAAGAGGAAUUACCUCGAGCUGACCGAGCUCAAACACAUUCUAAGGAAGACGCAAGUAUUUUUUGAUGAGCACGAGGGUGGUGCCAAUACCACUGAAUCGAUGACGCGCGCACUGAUAUCCGACGACCCCAACAGACAUAUGGGACAGGUGCAACUAGGUUUCGUUGCGGGUGUAAUUCUACGAGAGCGUAUUCCGGCUUUUGAACGGAUGUUAUGGCGUGCAUGUCGUGGAAACGUUUUCCUGAGGCAGGCGGAAAUUGACACACCGUUAGAAGACCCGUCAUCGUCGGACCAGGUGUACAAGUCCGUGUUCAUCAUCUUCUUCCAAGGUGACCAGUUGAAGACCCGUGUGAAGAAAAUAUGCGAGGGCUUCCGAGCGACCCUUUACCCUUGCCCCGAGGCCCCCGCAGACCGGAGGGAGAUGGCCAUGGGCGUUAUGACCAGGAUCGAGGACUUGAACACGGUCCUCGGCCAGACGCAAGACCACCGCCACCGCGUUCUGGUAGCAGCCGCUAAGAACAUCAAGAACUGGUUCGUCAAAGUGCGCAAGAUCAAAGCAAUCUACCAUACGCUAAAUCUUUUUAAUCUGGACGUGACCCAGAAGUGUUUAAUUGCCGAAUGCUGGGUGCCCGCUCUGGAUUUGGAGACUAUCCAGCUAGCUCUUAGGAGAGGCACGGAGAGAAGCGGAAGCUCCGUGCCGCCUAUCUUAAAUCGUAUGGAGACACUUGAAGACCCCCCUACGUACAACCGUACGAACAAGUUCACUUCGGCCUUCCAGAACCUCAUCUAUGCUUACGGUGUUGCCACGUACCGGGAAGUUAACCCAGCACCGUACACGAUAAUAACCUUCCCGUUCUUGUUCGCGGUGAUGUUCGGCGACCUGGGCCACGGCGCCAUCAUGGCGGCCUUCGGAUUCUGGAUGUGCUACAAGGAAAAGCCGCUGCAGGCCAAGAAGAUCGACUCGGAGAUCUGGAAUAUCUUCUUCGGCGGGCGCUACAUCGUGCUCCUCAUGGGGCUGUUCUCCAUGUACACGGGGCUGAUCUACAACGACAUAUUCUCGAAGAGUCUGAACGUGUUCGGCUCCUCCUGGCGCAACAACUACAACGAGUCGACCCUGUUCACCACCAAGGCGCUCCAACUGAACCCGGAUUCCAUGGAUUACUUGCAGCAUCCCUAUCCGUUUGGCAUAGACCCUGUGUGGCAGUUGGCCGAAGCGAACAAGAUCAUCUUCAUGAACGCGUACAAGAUGAAGAUAUCCAUCAUCAUCGGCGUGUUCCACAUGCUGUUCGGUGUCUGCCUGUCGCUCUGGAACCACCUGUACUUCAAGCGGCGCAUCAGCGUGUACGUGGAGUUCGUGCCGCAGAUCCUGUUCCUCGUGCUGCUGUUCUUCUACAUGGUGCUGCUCAUGUUCAUCAAGUGGACCAGCUACGGACCCUCGCCGCCCGACUUUGACGACGUGAAGACCAGCGGCUACUGCGCGCCCUCAAUCCUGAUCACCUUCAUCAACAUGAUGCUGUUCAAGACCGACCCCAACACUCGCCUGGAGUGCGACGACACCAUAUACGCUGGACAGAUUGGACUGCAGAAGUUCUUCGUGAUCGCGGCGCUGAUGUGCGUGCCCGUCAUGCUGUUCGGGAAGCCUUACUACAUGAUGAAGGAGCAGAAAGCCCGCGCCAGUCAAGGUCACCAGAGCAUCGAGGCGACGGCUGAGAACGGCACCGCAGGCGGGGCGCCCGUGCCAGCUUCCGGAAACCACGAUGAUGACAUUACCGAAGUUUUCAUCCACCAGGCCAUCCACACCAUCGAGUACGUGCUGGGAAGCGUGUCGCACACGGCCUCGUACCUGCGGCUGUGGGCCUUGUCACUUGCGCACGCGCAGCUGGCUGAGGUCGCCUGGAACAUGCUGCUGAGGAAAGGGCUGCAGUCGCCGGGCUACGAGGGCGGCAUCUACCUGUACGUGGUGUUCGCGGGCUGGGCCGCCAUCUCCGUGUCGAUCCUGGUGCUGAUGGAGGGGCUCUCCGCAUUCCUGCACACGCUGAGGUUGCACUGGGUGGAGUUCCAGAGCAAAUUCUACGCGGGCGAGGGUUAUCUUUUCCAACCCUUCUCCUUCGAGCUCAUCCUGGACUCGGCCGGCCAAGCCGAGGAGUAAACGGGAUACAGCACUCAUUCUGUGGCUCUGUACGUUAUGAGAGCUUUAUAACCCUUCCCAUCAGUAGAUUAUGCGCUUAGGACUUAUUGUAUUAGAGUCCUUUUCGCCUUGGCAGUUUUAGUCUUCGAACCUGCGACUAUUUAUUCUUUCAUAUAUAUUAACUUAAGUAGGUAUUAAGGCGGUACAUACUUUUAAGAGCACGAUGGCCGGCGACUCCUAGUCUCAGAGUAAAUGGUAUGGUAUAGACAAAACGAGGCAAUGCGUCUUGGGUAACCGUUGUACGCCCAGCGGCCUUACUGUUAAACUAACCCACCCAAAUGAGUUAAUUUGUCAAAAAUAAUUGCAUCGUUUGCAAAAGUCACAUCAUCACAAAGUAAAACUACGCAAUCUCGGGUCAUGCCGCGUGUUAAAGUUAUGUUUCCGUCUUUAGGUACUCAGUAGGUUUCAUAUCUACCAGUAUUUCAAAUUAGCAAAAUAUACCUAUUGUAAUCGUUGGCGAAUCUAAGGGUCGAUACACACGGAGCGUUCGGACAGAUAUCCGAAUUACUGUCAAUGGGGCAUAUUAAAAUGUGAAGCACAGUAAAAGUUAUGCUGCGAUACCUUUAUAAAUCAAGUUUGCGGCGUAAAGACAAACGUGCGACAAAAUCUGCAUUAAUGCUAAUUCACGUAGUAGUGAAAAGAAGUUGAAUUUAAAACUUCGCUGAAUUGUGACUUGUAUUGCAAAAUAAUAAAAUACAAAGCCCAGUUUAAAAGUUUUGGCCACAUUUUUAUAAUGUAUAUGUUGUUUUUGAUUUAUUAUUUUUUAUAAAGUUUUAAUAAAGUUUGUUUUCUUAUUUGGUGUGUAUUUGUAUAAAGUUAGGUAACUUUCGUUCACAGUAUCAUAUUCUAUAAGAUUUAUUAUCUUUUUUUCUGGUAAUCCACGAAGAUAAACUCUUAACUAUGAAUUGUCAAAUUAUUAAGUAUUGAUUACUAUUUAAAAAAAUCUAGAAAAUCCCAAGUAAAUUUGACUGUCAUUUAAAAAUUAUCUGACUAUCUACGCCUUGAUAUCCUAAAUUCUUAUCGCAUACAUUUGUAUAGUAUCGAAUUAGGACCGGAAGAAAUUAGAACCAUUUUAAUAAAAUAAAUGUGCUACUAUGAGUACCCAACACGACUUUCAAUAUAAAUGUUUGUUUGGAUAAACCUUGUUGCUUAUUGUUGGUAGUUCUAUACUCCAGAGGCACAUCGGCUCGAUGUAUGGUAUGUCAAAUGCCCGGCGUUUUAUCGCUCCUGGUGUAUGGGCCCUAAUAUAUUAGAAUAAAUACUAUUUUAAACCAUUUACAUAAAGCUUCUUAGACGUAUUAGAGUUUGGCGUACUAAAAAUAUUUGAUAGUAGACUUGUGUGAGGCAUUAAGUUAAUAAAUGUUUUUUUAUUUCUUUUUAUAAUUCAUUUUAUAAGUUCAAAUGUACUUAAAAAAAAGCUGUUUUUGAAUUUCGUUUUUAAUCCGAGGCUCUCUUUAUAUGUGUAAAAUAGUGGAACAUUUUAGAGAUUCUUUUUCCAUAGAGCUAGAGUGAUCAAUAAAUAAAUGUCUUUAUAACUUGUAACAAACUGUUGUAAUUUAUAGCCCGUGUACAGAAGUAAAAGUAGCUUCUGAUUAUUUAAAUAAAUGAUAUUCGUAGCGCAUA